CAUCGGGCCGCUAGGUGGUACAAAGAGCUGCGUCAAGUUAAACUCAAUGACAUCGAUCAGUGAUUUUGUAUUUCAAAAUAAAAUCCAUAUCCGUUUAUUUAUUCCGUUUAAAAUAAGUUUUUAAUCCGAUUGUUGUUGUAUAUGUUUGUUAAAUUUAUUAAAUGAAGUUUGGAUAGUUUUCUAUGAAUUAAAUGUGAAUGUAAACGCACAGUUAAAUUAAAAGAUGCUUUUAUUUAAGUGUGUAGCACCGGAAGUGCAGUUUUGUAUACGCGCUAACUUGAUAGCUGAGUCAAAACAAUGCAGCUUAGCUAGUUAGCUCGCUGCUGCGCUUAGCAUUUAGAAUAUUUUAUCAUUUUAAAUAACUUCUCGUUUGUUUUUCCGCGGUCUCGGGGGGGGUUUCACCUCGUCUGGGUUUUUCACGGUCACGUCCCCCCCCCCCUUCCCUUGACCUCCCCGCGGCUGUCUGCGCUCAGAGCUCCGCUGGUUGUUGUUGUUUUGUUGCGGCUGGAAAUGGAGACGGCUAAGGGACGAAACCCAGGAGAAAUAAUAAUAAAAUAAAAGCAGCCGAGGAUUAAAGCUAAACGUGUUAAAGAAGCUCCGGGGGUAGUAUGGUGGAGUAAGCGGCUCCGUGGUGAACGAUAUCGGGCCUCUCCGAGCUGCUGCUACGACCACCGGUGGACGGCUCCGCUCUUACCCGGGGACCGUCGUCAUGGCCCCGGGCUCCCUGGUGGCGGCCUGCCGCAGCCUGGCCCUCUCCACCUGGCUCCUCUCCUUCUGCUUCGUCCACCUCCUGUGCCUGGACUUCACCGUGGCCGAGAGGGAGGAGUGGUACACCGCCUUCGUCAACAUCACCUACGUGGACCCGGCCACGUCGGAGCAGCGCACGGAGAAGACGGAGUGCGGCCGCUACGGAGAGCACUCCCCGAAGAGGGACGUGAAGGGGGUGGCGGUGCUGCCCGCCUCGACCCCCCUGGACCGGCAGGCCUGCGACCCCAACACUCGGUUCGCGGUGCCCCCGCAGGCCGGGGCCUGGGUGGCGCUCAUAGCCCGGGGGAACUGCACCUACAAGGACAAGAUCCGCCACGCCGCGGCCCACAACGCGUCGGCCGUGGUCAUCUUCAACGUGGGCUCGGCCAACGCCAACGACACCAUCACCAUGCCCCAUCCAGGAACCGGCGAGGUGGUGGCCAUCAUGAUCCCCGAGCCCAAAGGCCGCGAGGUCGUCUCUCUGCUGGAGCGCAACAUAACGGUCACCUUGACCAUCACCAUCGGGACGAGGAACCUGCAGAAGUACGUCAGCAGGACGUCGGUGGUGUUCGUGUCCAUCUCCUUCAUCGUCCUGAUGAUCAUCUCCCUGGCCUGGCUCGUCUUCUACUACAUCCAGAGGUUCAGAUACGCCAACGCACGGGACAGGAACCAGCGUCGUCUUGGCGACGCGGCGAAGAAGGCCAUCAGUAAGCUUCAGGUUCGCACCAUCAGGAAGGGCGACCAGGAGACGGAGGCCGACUUUGACAACUGCGCCGUCUGCAUCGAGGGCUACAAGCCCAACGACGUGGUCCGCAUCCUACCCUGCAGACAUUUGUUCCAUAAAAGCUGUGUGGAUCCGUGGCUCCUGGACCAUCGUACAUGCCCCAUGUGCAAGAUGAACAUCCUGAAAGCUCUGGGCAUCGCUUUAAAUGCCGACUGCCUGGACGACCUGCCUCUGGACUACGACCUGGCCCUGGACGGCGUGGGUGGGAUGGGCGGCGUCGGGGCCCUGGCCCUGGAGGCCGUGGUGUCCGGGGCGUCCAGCGACGGCACGCUAAGCGAGGACGGCUCCUCCGUGGUGCUGGACCCCGGCGUGCGACGGAUGGGGCUCCCGCAGGACUACCAGGACCCGGAUACCCUGAGAGACAGCCCGGUGACGGCCACCACCGACACCCACACAGGUGAGCUCCAGCCAAUGGCGAGCAGCGCGUCGGUGGCGUCGUUCGUCAUCGCCGUAGAAACGGGUCUGUCGGACGAAGAGGGGUCGAUGGAUCAGACUCGUCUGGGGGACAAGUCCUGAAAGCUGCACAACAGAACCAAAAAUAUAUAUAAAAAUAAUAAUAAUAACAACAGAACUGGGCCAAAACUCAUCGUCAUCUCAUUAUUUUUCCUAUUUUUUUUUUUUUUUUUUUUUUUUUAAACGGACCCGCAAUAAUGGGCGAACCAAACCUGAGCUAAGAUCCGGGACCUGCAUCUGGUUUUGCCCGAUUCCAAGUGGAUCUUUAUGGUGUAGUCCUGUUCUAUAAAACUUGCCAAACCAAACCUGUCUGGACUGGAAGCCCAGGUAGAGCCAGCCUCUAGACCUGGGAGGGUUUUUGAGCGCGGACCCGAGUUAAAUCAGCGUGUUUUAUUAAUAACUUCUGGGCUUGAAGGACGACGGUCGGCGCGAUUUCUUUUUGUUUCUUUUCCCCCCUGGACUCGACACAGAUGCUCUGUAGUUUGUUGAAGUCGGUCUUAUCGUGGACUAUCCUCGGUGGGUUGAACCAGACCCCCCCUCGCCCCCCUCCCACGUUGUCUCGUUUGUCUUUGAUCUUGUUAAGCUUCGCACAGCGAUAGAGAGAAGUAAUAAAACCCAAGUCCUUCAUUUCAAACAUCAACGACACGAGCGACUUUGGAGGUGAUUCAGUCCACGUCGCUCUUUUCUCUGGACCUUUUUAUUUUAUUUUAUUUUCUGUGAAAUAUUCUCUUUCCUGAUUUUUUUUUUUUUCCCCAAGUAGGCAAAACUGAGUCGAGGCCACGUCUUUCCCUGGUCUGGACUCAUGGAUGUAACUUUGGCUGAAUGCUAACGUCUUUUAUUUGGGAAGGACUUCUCUGUUGAUUUGUUUUCUCGCUGGCAGUAUUAACUACAAGAGUUUGACUGAAGUAUUGAAGCGUGACAACCCGCAGUAUUUGUCUCUUUGUUAUUGUUUUCUUUCUCUGCUUGUGUGUAAAAUUUUAGAUUCACACAAUAUUUGAUGAUAUUUGCUUUGGACUUCCGGCGGGCAAUCUGUUUUUUUUUUUUUUGUUGUUGUUGUUGUGUUUUUUCUACGUUAGUUCUCAACAGUUUGCAGGGCUGCACGUUUCUGACUUUUAGGGUAUACGGACGUACAAAUCCUUGGAAGGAAAGGGUUGGUUGGCCCAACGAAAGGCUUUCAACUGCACAAAUCUUCCCGAGCAAACACUACGCUUUUUUUAGUCAAACCUUGUACGUCCAACAUUCAUCUCGCGGCGUAGCCUUCAGUCUAGACGGGAACAACGUGGAAACAAAAGAAGAGAUGUCGAAGGCUGUGCUACGGUUUUAUUUGAGGGAAUAUCUGCCCCGAGAACCCGAGAGUCUGUUCGUUUGACAGUUGAACCGAAACAGUCAACCCGGCCGAAUAAGACAUGAUCCACAACGGGAAGUCUUUUCUCGUCAGUCUUCCGUCAUCGACCGCCUCUCCGAUCUUUCCGUUGUCGGUUAACCUCCUGAGACCUGUGGAGUUUUAGGUGUGUUGCACAUUUUCGUCUGCCAUGAACUGGUAGCGAAGGGUCAAUACACCUGUUUGUUUAUGAUUUAUUUAUUAACUUUUCUACUUUGAUAUGGCAGGAUAAUUCGACAAAUUCCCAAGUACUCAUUUGUGGACGUUGGGAUUUCAUCGUUUCCAAUUCUGCUUUUCCAUUAAAAUUAACUUAAAUUGUAAUACACAGUGAAAUAAUCCCUGCGCCCUCAUAAUUAUUUCCAAAACCUACUUCCAGUUCAAAGAUGAUUCUUUUUUUUUUUAUAUAUACCUCUUAGGUCCUAUUAAUCCCUAAUACCCAACAGAUGCUCUGGUCUCAGGAGGUUAAAACGCUGCAGAGGGACCCUGUGGUCUUGUUUUUUUUUGUGUUCAACGUUGUUACUAUGGCUUCAUGCUGCCUUUUCUUUAAAAAAACAAAACAAAACAAAAAAACACAUUUAUGUUUAAUCCUGACAAUCAUGGAGCUUUUACUUGCUGCUCAGCAACAUUCUCUCUGACCAUUAGCAAACCUAAGAUCUGUCUACUACAGCAAGUGAGGAUGUCCCGAUCGGUAUCGGGGGGGAGGUCAAUCCAGGCAUGUCCGAAAAUGAUUUGAAGGAGUUUCAGCCGAAAACAGCUGAUGUUAAUGUUGUAGCUAUUUACGAUGAAAACGACGUCAAAAAGUGUUCUCACGUUUAGCUAGCUAGCCGAUAAAAACUAAAAAUUACGCAACUAAACGUGUCCGCUGUGUCAGUCAGACGGCAAUUUGUAAAUAGUCCAGUUUGUUCAAAACAUUUCAGACAGUAUUAACAGAUCGGGAUCGGGACAUCCCUACCAGUAAGUGUUAGCUAUGUGUUACUAGGGUUAAGUAAACAACACAAACUGUGAAUAAAAGAACCCGACGUACACAACGAUUUUUAGUUUUAUUGUUUAGCAGAGAACCACCUCCCGGCUUUUCUUGUUAGAUUUGUAAAUAGAAAACGACACAAGUUCACAUCACCACGUCGGCGGUGGCUUCCAGAAACUGAGAAAGAUUAAAAAAAAUAAAAAUAAAAAAUGAGAUUGUCGUCUAUUUUGAUACCAGAGGAGACGUUUAUUUUUGUAACGAAGAAAAGACUGACCCCCUCCCCCUCUUCUUCAUCGCCUCCCGUCCUGGUGGAUCCUCAAUGAGAUUGAGCAUCAGCCGGGAGGAAUAUUGUCGAUUAUUUGUGCAAUUUGUACAGACGUAACUUAAGGAUGUGAACCUGGACUAAUUGUAAACUCGUCUGUUAAGGUUUUCGAUCUGAAAACUGAGCUCAACUACAGGCGCUAAUUUAAUUGUUGGCUUCCAGGAUGGGAAAGAAUAAAAAAAAGUUUCCGUUACCAUUUAACACGAAAUGUAAUUGAACAUAAAGAGUUUGUGUUGUUUUUUUUUUUGUUUGUUUGUUUUUUUGGAGGAAUUUGACUCGCUGGCGUCGCCGUUUCCAGAAGAUCUUCCCUCUUUGUGUCAUUGGUUUCAUGUCUCCUGUCUCCUCCUGGUUUGGUUUCAGGACAUAUGUUGUAAACACCAGUGAACUGAAACACCAAUAAAAACGGUGGAAGGCGUCUCUCCCUCUUAUUUUCUUUUGUUUUUGUCCGUGAUGGAUCUGUGUGGCUUGUUGUGGCCAGAGGAGGGAUUUAAAGAAAUGUAACUGCACAUUCAUUAAAUUUACCUUCUACUUGUGGAGACUGAGGCUGCUGUGGCAUACUGGACCCCUUAGGACCGUAUAGGGCAUUGAACCUAUAGUUGGUGGUUUCUGAUAUAAAGAUGUCGAGAAACCGGAUUAUUCGUAAAUCAAAAAUUUGCCGUGUUUUUUGGGCAGUAAUUUCACGUCCUUUUGUUCUUUGUCAAAUAUAAGCUUUUCUUAUAAGGCAGUAAAUUUUAAAUUGUAACUGCAUAUUUGAAAUAAACAGUAUUGCUAUGUUUUUAAUUUUCUUCCUCAAAUUCAAAUGGACUUUAUUUGGUUCAUCAUGUAAAAAAAAAAAAAAAAAUUGUCACGAGAUUAUCUGUAGUCUUUGAGUAAAGGUUUAGUUAUGCAUUGGCACCAUUAGCAACAAAGCUACAUUCACUCGUUUCUCAAAAACAAUUUCCUUAUUUUUGGGCGUUAAUUUCAGAUACACUUGCUUUAUUGUUUUUUUUAUAUACAUAAAACAUAUACUUUUCUUAAAAGACAGUAACUCUUAAAUUCCAAGUGCAUUUUUGAAAUUAACGACAUUUCUACUUUUAAUUUUAGCAUCAAUAUCAGAAAUGUUCCCAGCAAUAAUCAUCCCUAAAACAUUUUAUUAUCACAAAUCCUUAAAUCUGUAAUUUUUGUCCUCAAAUUCAAAUGUCAAAAAUUUGCCUUAUUUUUUAGGUGGUAAUUUCGCAUACACUUGCUUUAAUUAUUAUUUUUUUAAGUGUAAACUUUUCUUAAAAGCCCAUAAAUUUUAGAUGCAUUUUUGAAAUUAACGGCAUUGGUACGUUAAUUUUAGCAUAAAUAACUUAAAUAUUCCCAGCGAUAACCAACUCUGAAAUAUUUUAUUAUCACAAAUCCUUAAAUCUGUAAUUUUGGUCCUCAAAUUCAAAGGGAUUUCAUUUAGUUUAUUGCGUAAAAAGAAUUCUCACAAGAUUAUCGUCUAAGAAUAGUUUAAUUACGUGCUGGCACCAUUAGCAACAAAGUUACAUUCAUGCGUUCGUCUACGUUCAUCAUUCAUUCGACUCCGGCUUCAAUUAAAAAUAAAUUCGUAGCUCUGCGAUGCUAAUUAAAACACUUUUAAAUCUUCUUGCAACUGAUGAAGUCAGAAUGGGGCCUCGUGUCACAGCCAGUAAUGACGUCUGAUUGGUGCUUUGUUACAUCUGCCUCUGGAAAUUAAUUUUUUUUUUUUUUAAUUUUUUUGAUUUUUUUUGAUUACCCAGCCGGUUCUGUUGAUGCACUUUAACUGUGUUUCUCUGGAAGUUGCUGGAAACAAUUUAUUUUCCUUUGUCCUGUUUUUGUUGUCUGUGAUUUAUUUUCAUAUUCUCAUAUACAUUUUGUAAAUUAAAUCACAUUUUAAUUUUGUGUCAAGAGGAAAUUGAGAACCGAGACAAAGAAGGCUGAACUUUCGGAUCCUUCCAGAGAGACGCCGACAGCUGAGAGACGUUUCAGAGUAGCCGUGGUGAACGUUUCUACAAUUAUAACUGGACUUUAGUUCUUUUUGUCCGUCUUUGUUUUUUUUUUUUUUUUUUUUCCCCUCCGUGAACACCAGUGAGACUGUCUCCGUGCACGCAAACGUAAAACACGUGUAAAUAUAUAAAGGCCGGUGUGACGCCAUUUUGUUUCAGUGUGUUUCAGUUGUUGCACGUUGUCCUUGUUCAGGACAGAGUUUAAAUAAAGUUUUACUGCAAGUUUUCGUUUUUACUCCA